CGUCCCGACGCGCGCUCGGCCCCCGGCUGCCCGCCCCCCGGCGGCCCCCGCCCCCCUCGGGAGCCGCAGGGAAUCAGGUCCCGGAGGAAGAGGGUCCGCAGAAGGCUCGGAGCGCUCGGGACGGACACUCCCCGGCGGCGGCGGCGGCGGCGGCGGCUCGGAGCGGGCUCCGGGACUGGAGCGCAGCGGCCAGGGGACGCCGAGCUGCGAGGAUUACCCGCGGACGUGGUGGUCUCCCCGGCCGGAGCCGGACAGGGGCUCUCGGGGCGGAGGACCGGAGUGCGACACGACAGAUCCGCGCGGCUGGGUCCGUGGCCCGCGAGCCGCGCGGGGACCGGGCGAGCAGGCCGCGUCGCGCUCACCAUGGGCAGCUGCCGGGACGCCGGGGUCCUGCUGUGCGCGCUGCUCGGCGGUCUGCUGCUUACAGGAUCUAGUUCAGGUUCGAAAUUAAAAGGUCCUGAACUGAGUUUAAAAGGCUCCCAGCACAUCAUGCAAGCAGGCCAGACACUGUAUCUCAAAUGUAGAGGGGAAGCAGCCCAUUCAUGGUCUUUGCCUGAAACAGUGAGAAAGGAAAGCAAAAGGCUGAGCAUAACUAAAUCUGCCUGUGGAAGGAAUGAUAAACAGUUCUGCAGUACUUUGACCUUGAACAUGGCUCAAGCAAACCACACUGGCUUCUAUAGCUGCAAAUAUCUAUCCACACCCACUUCAAAGAAGAAGAAAACAGAAUCUACAAUCUAUAUAUUUAUUAAUGAUACAGAUAGACCUUUCUUAGAGAUGCACAGUGAAAUACCUGAAAUUAUAUAUAUGACUGAAGGAAGGGAGGUCGUCAUCCCCUGCCGGGUCACGUCACCUAACGUCACUGUUACUUUAAAAAAGUUUCCACAUGAUACUCUGAUCCCUGAUGGAAAACGAAUAACCUGGGACAGCAGGAAGGGUUUCAUAAUAGCAAACGCCACAUACAGAGAAAUAGGGCUUCUGGUGUGUGAAACAACAGUCAACGGACAUCUGUACAAGACAAACUAUCUUACCUAUCGACAAACCAAUACAAUCAUAGAUGCCCAAAUAAGCACUCCAAGCCCAGUCAAGUUGCUACGAGGUCGCAUUCUUACUCUCAACUGUACAACUACCACUGCCUUGAACACGAGAGUUCAAAUGACCUGGAGUUAUCCCGGUGAAGCAAAGAAGAGAGCUUCUAUAAGGCAACGAAUUGGCCGACGCAGUUCCGACGCUAAUGUGUUCUACAGUGUUCUUAUGAUAUACAAUGUGCAGAACAGAGACAAAGGACUUUAUACUUGUCAUGUGAAGAGUGGCCCGUCAUUCAAAUCCGUUAACACCUCAGUGCACGUAUAUGAUAAAGCGUUCAUCACUGUGAAACAUCGAAAACAGCAAGUGUUGGAAACUGUUGCUGGCAAGCGGUCUUACAGGCUGUCUGUGAAAGUGAAGGCAUUUCCCUCGCCAGAAGUCCUGUGGUUAAAAGAUGGGUUCCCUGUGACCGAGAAAUCGGCUCGCUAUUUGGUUCUUGGCUACUCAUUAAUCAUCAAAGAUGUUGCUGCGGAAGAUGCAGGGGAUUACACAAUCUUGCUGGCCAUAAAGCAGUCAAAUGUGUUUAAAAACCUUACCACCACCUUAAUUGUAAAUGUGAAACCCCAGAUUUAUGAAAAGGCCGUGUCGUCCUUUCCAGACCCGACCCUCUACCCCCUGGGCAGCAGACAGACCCUGACUUGUACCAUUUAUGGUGUCCCUCAACCUACAGUCAGGUGGUUCUGGCGUCCCUGUCACCAUAAUCAUUCCAAAGCAAGAUAUGACUUCUGCUCCAAUAAUGAUGAGCCCCUGAUCCUGGAUCCUGACAGCAACGUAGGAAACAGGAUUGAGAGCAUCACUCAGCGCACGGCAAUAAUACAAGGAAAGAAUAAGACGGCUAGUACCUUGGUUGUGGCGGACGCUAGGAUUUCUGGAAUCUACAGUUGCGUGGCUUCUAAUAAAGUAGGGACUGUGGAAAGAAACAUAAACUUUUAUAUCACAGACGUGCCCAACGGAUUUCACGUUAACUUGGAAAAAAUGCCGACGGAAGGAGAGGACCUGAAACUGUCUUGCACAGUUAACAAGUUCUUAUACAGAGACAUUACUUGGCUUUUGCUGCGGACAGUUAAAAACCGCACAAUGCAUCACAGUAUCAGCAAGCAAAAAAUGGCCAUCACUAAAGAAUACUCUGUUACUCUCGAUCUCACCGUCAAGAAUGCUUCCCUGGAAGAUUCAGGCACGUAUGCCUGCAGAGCCAGGAACAUAUACACAGGGGAAGAAAUCCUCCAGAAGAAAGAAGUUACAAUUAGAGAUCAGGAAGCACCACGCCUCCUGACAAGCCUCAGUGACCGCACAGUGGCCAUCAGCAGCUCCAGCACGUUCCGCUGUCAUGUUACUGGUGUCCCAGAGCCUCAGAUAACCUGGUUUAAAAACAACCACCAAAUACAGCAGGAACCCGGAAUUAUCUUAGGACCGGGAAGCAGCACGCUGUUUCUUGAAAGAGUCACAGAAGACGACGAAGGUGCCUAUCACUGCAGAGCCACCAACCAGAAGGGGUCCGUGGAAAGCUCGGCAUACCUCACUGUUCAAGGAACCUCGGACAAGUCCAACCUGGAGCUAAUCACUCUGACGUGCACCUGUGUGGCCGCAACCCUCUUCUGGCUCCUGUUAACGCUCUUUAUCCGCAAACUGAAAAGGUCUUCCUCGGAAAUAAAGACUGACUACCUAUCGAUCAUAAUGGACCCAGACGAAGUCCCCCUGGACGAGCAGUGCGAGCGGCUCCCUUAUGAUGCCAGCAAGUGGGAGUUUGCCCGGGAGAGACUCAAACUGGGCAAGUCACUCGGAAGAGGGGCUUUUGGAAAAGUGGUUCAAGCGUCCGCAUUUGGCAUUAAGAAAUCCCCCACGUGCCGGACUGUGGCUGUAAAGAUGCUGAAAGAGGGGGCCACGGCCAGCGAGUACAAAGCUCUGAUGACUGAGCUCAAGAUCUUGACCCACAUUGGCCACCAUCUGAAUGUGGUCAACCUGCUGGGAGCCUGUACCAAGCAAGGAGGGCCUCUGAUGGUGAUCGUUGAAUAUUGCAAAUACGGAAAUCUGUCCAACUACCUCAAGAGCAAACGAGACUUAUUCUUUCUCAACAAGGAUGCCGCAUUACACAUGGAGCCCAAGAAAGAAAAAAUGGAGCCAGACCCGGAGCAAGACAAGAAACCAAGACUCGAUAGUGUCACCAGCAGUGAGAGCUUCGCAAGCUCUGGGUUUCAGGAAGAUAAAAGUCUGAGUGAUGUUGAGGAAGAGGAGGAUUCCGAUGAUUUCUACAAGCAGCCCAUCACUAUGGAAGAUCUGAUUUCUUACAGUUUUCAAGUGGCCAGAGGCAUGGAGUUCUUGUCUUCCAGAAAGUGCAUUCAUCGGGACCUGGCGGCAAGAAAUAUUCUCUUAUCUGAGAACAACGUGGUGAAGAUUUGCGAUUUUGGCCUUGCCCAGGAUAUUUAUAAGAACCCCGAUUAUGUCAGAAAAGGAGACACUCGACUUCCUCUGAAAUGGAUGGCUCCCGAAUCUAUCUUCGACAAAAUCUACAGCACCAAGAGUGACGUGUGGUCUUACGGAGUGCUGCUGUGGGAAAUCUUCUCCUUAGGUGGGUCCCCGUACCCGGGCGUACAAAUGGACGAGGACUUCUGCAGCCGUCUGAAGGAAGGCAUAAGGAUGAGGGCCCCCGAAUACGCGACUCCUGAAAUCUAUCAGAUCAUGUUGGACUGCUGGCACAAAGACCCAAAAGAAAGGCCAAGAUUUGCAGAACUUGUGGAAAAACUAGGCGAUUUGCUCCAGGCGAAUGUACAACAGGAUGGUAAGGACUAUAUCCCGCUAAAUGCCAUACUGACAGGAAAUAGCGGGUUUUCAUACUCGUCCCGUGCCUUCUCUGACGACUUCUUCAAGGAAGAUAUUUCAGCUCCACAGUUUAAUUCAGGAAGUUCUGAUAAUGUCAGAUAUGUAAAUGCUUUCAAUUUCUUGAGCUUGGAGAGAAUCAAAACCUUUGAAGAACUUUCGCCAAACGCCACCUCGAUCUUUGAUGAUUACCAGAUGGACAGUGGCUCUCUGCUGGCCUCCCCCUUGCUGAAGCGCUUCACCUGGGCUGAGAGCAAACCCAAGGCCUCACUGAAGAUUGACUUGAGAGUGACCAGUAAAAGUAAGGAGUCGGGCCUUUCUGACCUCACGCGGCCUACUGUCUGCCAUCCCAGGUGUGGCUACACCAGCAAAGGCAGGCGCAGGUUCACAUACGACAACUCCGAGCUGGAGAAGAAGAUUUCGUCCUGUUCUCCUCCCCCAGACUACAACUCGGUGGUCCUAUAUUCCACCCCGCCUGUCUAAAAGUUCGACACGUAGCCUUAUUUCUAGAACCACACGAGUAUUUAUACCCCCUGAAAACUAGCUUUUGCCAGUAGGACACAUACAUACAUGUACACCUUUACCUUUCCACAGGAGCAAGCUGCCUUUUGUGAUUUUUUUUAAUAAGUGCUUCUUUUUCUUUUUGACUAACAAGAAUGUAACCCCAGAUAGAGUAAUAGUGAUAAGUAAAGAACACCACUGGUAAAGCCUCACGUUAAUUCAGUGUGUUAGAGAGACCCUUACUUCCAAGCCCAAUGACUUACCUGCUCCUGCCCCCGAGACCGCAGGGCGUUCAGUGAUUCAGGAGAUGCACCGAUCAUGCGAGGCAGCAUGGACUCCACGGGGCCAGCCACCAGCACCCUGGAACCGGGAGGCAAGGAGCCGUAAGCCGGCCCGCGCGGGGUCUCUGGGGUCCUCUAGCAGAUGCAACUUCCGGGGAAGGAGGAGGAGAAGGGAGAAAGGAAGAAGCGAGCAAGGAGGACAAAAGCACUGGAGAGAAUUUGCGCCGUCCUGUAUGGGGAGGGAGUAGGUGAGGGCUGUCCCCCAUGACACUGCAAUGGCUUCCGGACCCGGACCAAACCCGGUCCACACUGAGAACCCACCUUGGGGAGCAGACAGGACAGAGACACGAGGGGACACUUUCGGGAUUCCAGCAGGCAAGUAAAGGACGAGCAAUAUUUUUUUUGGCAACUACAAAUUAUAAUAAAACGUUAGCUAUGGGACUGGAUCUAUGCCCGUUCCCACAUAUGGCACAUUUUAAAAUUUCUAGCACGGAGCGUGGUGCUCAGAUCUGAGCCCGGACUGCAGGCCCCUCUAGCAAUAUACACUGAAAACUCACCCUGAGCUCGGCUGGCUCCACGGGCACCAUGGCCUUGCACUUAGAUUGCUCAGAGUAAGCUCACUGGAACGGGUUUGGUCUGUUAGGGUUACCUGGGGGGCUUUAAGCCACAUUUAAAAAAAUGGUGUCAGAUUCUAUUUUGAGUAUUAAUAUAUAAUCAAGACACUUUUUUUUUUUUUUUUUACACUAACCUGUUUUGUCCAGUUAGUUAUAAACGGAAGCUGAGGAGGAUGAAAACAAAGAGUCCUGCGGAGGGUUACCUCUGUACCAAAACCAGGAUAGGUGGAGCGAAAGCGGGAUGAGCACAGUAAAAACCCCAUCUCUUUACCACCCAAACCAACUCGCGGGAACAGUUGGGGCCCAAAGGAGAGGAAGCCAAUCAUGUUUCCUUUUUCAUGGGGAUUCUACAAUCUCAUGCUGGUCUACUGGAAAGAUGUGGAAGAGUAUUAACCAAUGUUUAUUAAGCACUUUAUGCUCCUGGAGAAAAAAGGUGAUAUGUAAUUUAUGCAAGAUACUUUUAGAAUUGGGACUCAGGAUAUUAGUUAUUGAGCCAUCAGUAGGAGAAAAGCCUCUCUUCAUCUGCUUUGGCCCUUGCCUUGGGUCUGAGAAUGAUGGAAAUAGGGAGACAGGGUACAAAAGGGUGCCUACUCUUCAGGGUUUAAAGACCCUGGAACUCUCAGCAGGCUCUGAUGCUGUGUAUUUAGGACGUAUGUACCUUCUAAAGCCAGUCAAAGCUGGACAGGUUAACAGUGAAUUGCUGCUUCUGGUAGAGACGAGUGUGCUUCCCUUUAGGCAAGUAACUUAACUCUAGAACCUGAAAUAUAAUAGGAGAAUCUUUACUUCCUUCCCUGUGUGUCACAUUCCUGUGUCAAGGUUCUUAGUCUAAAGAGACGGGACAGUCAGCACAGCCCAAAAGGAAGGAAGCAGGUGCUCCAGUGGGGGUCCUGCUGGAGAAGCGUCUGGCCAGCAGAGAAGUGAGGCAGGCCUCUCCACCAGGACCCCAGUCCGGACAAAAUCAGGCCAGGGCCAGAAGAGGGGAAGAGCUUUGUUCUUCCUCGUCUUCAUGUGCACAAAAAGCACCUGUGACAGUCGGUGAUAGUAUCAAUCAGGUAACCAGAAGGAGGUUCAACAGGGAAAAGAAAAGAAGACCUCAAUCAGCUUUGCCGAUUUUUCAUAUCCGAUAAGGAUCCAGCAAUGACUGAAAACAAAAACCUUAACUAUACGUACGGUAUCUUAAUUUUGAUAACCUAAUUAAUUCUUAAUUGUUCAAAGACCCUAGUAAUAUCAUCUUUCCAAAA